AUGGAAAAAGCUUUUUUAUUACUGGGUUUGAGAAGCUUACUAGUUUUGGGCUUAUUAAUUUUUGGCUUAGGUGGUUUGGAAGUCUCAGGUAUUUUAAAAGUCUCAGAUGUUUCAGAUAUAGAGGCUACUAGUAGUGAUGUAUUUUUUACUGGCUAUAGUAGGGUUAUUUAUGAAUAA